CCGUUGGUAUUGUGGAAAACCAGGGGGUGGAUUAGAUAUGUGUUUGGUCUAGCAGAGAUCUUGUGCUCAUAAGAACACAAAUUGUUUAUGGAAUUCACUGCCACAAGAUAUGGUUGCGGUCCUUGGCUUUAAAAUGAAAGUAGUUUUUUUAAAAGGAUAAAAAAUAAACAAUGGGCAAUGCGUCAGGAAGAGUACACUUUUGAAUACUAAAUCCUGAGCCCAGAUAAAAAGGUAAGCUGUUGCAAGGCAUGGAAGCUGUGGAUAUUCCAUAGAAAUGGGCUGCUGGCUGACAAGAUGGAUUUAAGGUCUUAUCAGGGCUCUUAUCCUCUCAAGCUGUCCGUACUGUAUCAGAAUAUAGUUUGACAGACUAAGCAAACUUUACUGCAAUAAGUUAGUCUAUCCUAAAUAAAAACGUUUGCUUCUUGUUCAUUUCAUGGAGCUGAACUGUAAUAGUUUAAUGCACAAGGCACCCAUUACGACCUACACAGAAAUUAAUUCCACAGUUUCAUAUUAGAAGGCAAUAGUGUAGCCUUUUUUCACAGUGUUCCAGGAGUUAGUAUACUCUUUUCAAAUAGCUUUACUUUCUCCCUUCUGGUGUUGUGUAUGGUUCACACAGUCUGGCCUUGUGGGCUCCAAAAUCCAUUUUGGGGCCGCAUCUGUAUUAUGCUAACCAAAAUAUCCCCAAAUAGUGUGCAAGUUCUCCAUAACCCUUCAUCAGAGUAGGUGGUAAAAUCCUCAAUGGUGGGAGGAGUGAGAGAGAAAAGGGUUGGUGGGUCAAGACAUUAAUGUUUGUAGCUAAUAAGAGUACUAAGAUGAAGUGUGGGAAGAGGUGACAGAUCACAAAUGAUUCUCUUAGUUGAUAUGGAGGUUUUAGGUUGCACCAAGGUCUCCUAGGAAGGAGAAACACCUAAUGGCUGGUUUCCCCCUCUCUGGAAAUACAACAGCCAGUUGUGACUCAGUUUUGGCUCCAUGCUUAGGUGAAAACUUUAGAGGCAAAUCUGUUCCUUCAGUCAAGAUAGUCAUGCUUUCCCAUGAAAAAGUCAGCCUACCACUAUUUCUUCUGGCAACCAAUCUCAUCUUUGUCCUGGAAUGCAAGCAGUUAACUUCUUUCUGUUCUUGGAGACUUGCAAACAUUUGGUCAGAAGCUCUGCCUGUCUUGGGUUGAUACAUGGUCUUGGAGCCACGUCAUUCACUUCUGAAUGUUCACUGCAGCCACAGAAUCAGAAGAAGAGGUUCCUUCAUUGUUAUGGGGACUGGAUCCUAUCUUUUCAGCUUUUGCAAGACUGUACAUUAAAGACGUACAAGAAAUGAAAGAAUCAAAGCAGGUUCCAGGUAUAUUCUUUUACAACAGGCAUCCAGUAAGGCAGGUGGAUAUUCUUGGAACUGUGGUUCUGAUCAAAGAACGAGAUGCCUAUUAUACUUAUGGAGUGGAUGACGGCACAGGAGUUAUAAGCUGCACCUGCUGGAAAAACCCUUUGGCACAGCAGAAAUCUUUGUCAGAUUUUAGACCUCAUCCUAGUACCUCAAGUGGCCUGGAUCUAGCUGAACAAAUAAGAAAGCUCGAAGUAGCAGUUCGCCAAAAAACAAGACUGGAAAUUGGUGAUACUAUCAGAGUCCGUGGUUGCAUUCAGAUCUUCAGACAGCAGCGAGAAAUCAAGGCCUCCAUGUACUAUAAAGUUGAUGACCCUAUGUGUGAAGUUCUGAUUUCAAGGAUGCUGGAACUCCCCCAUCUAUACAGAGAUAUUUAUGAUCAGCCAUUCCAGUUGCAAGAAGAGGCACAAAGCCAAGGUGCAGCAUACAUGUUGGGCUCCAUCACUGAACUGAGCAAAAAAAUAAGAGACUUCCUAUUGAAGAACAAGAUCCAGAGUUUCUAUCAGCAGGAGCUGGAAACUGUGGAGGCUUUAGUAUCCCUGGUCAAGGAGGAUGGACCAAGAACUGCUGAGCAAACAGAUUCCAAAGCUGGUCCCUGCUCCAAACUGAUUAGAGACUCCUUCACGGAAGCAAUAAAGGUGUUGCAAAAAAAGGGAGUUCUUUUCCAGAAAUCAAAAAAUCCCACGGAUAUGUAUUUUGUGACUGAGCAAGAUAAAGAAUUGCACAAAGUGACCCUUGAAGUCCUCGGAGCUGAUUGUAAGAGGCCAAAAUAUGCUGAAAAGGGCUGCCAUCUCAAUUACAUCCUCAAUUGUAUUCAGCAGCGCUACAGCCCUUUUGUUUCCAAAGAUGUGAUCCAUUGCCUACUGGACUGGAUGGAGACCAACAGUGACGUGGUCACUACCAUGGAAGGAUACUAUACUGUCUUUUAAGACGAGAUGCUGUGGACUUCUAGAGCCAAACUGUAUACAGUGGGCAUGAGUCAUAAGAAUACUUCAAUGCCAAAAACUUGGCUGGAAUUCCUAGAAGAUGCUGUAUCAUCAAAUUCCUAUUCAUUUAGUUUCUCUCCAUGUUUCAGAAGUGCUCAGUCUGCCUCUGGUAUUCCAGGUACUAAACACAGGGACCUCUUUAAACAGUUAUGUUGUGAAUGCCCUCUUGUGGCUGGAUGGAAGACAAAACAAACUUUGCAUUCAUACCUUAUAGUCUAAUAAACAGGAGCUGCCUAAAAAGGUGAGCAGUCUGAAUUGAAGGAAAUACUUGAGAAACAGGCAUCAGAAUAAAUUAACCAUACCCUUCUCUCCAAUAAUACACCCCCUUCCACACUCCUAGUCUAGUAUACAUAAUUUGUGGUACAUUGAUUUAGGUCAUCUCUUGAGAUACAACAAGUGCUGUGGAUUCUGAAUCCUUGUUUUAAUCAGAUUUGUUACUACUCCCAGUUUACUUUUAACCUGGAUUCCAUGAUUAUCUCAAUAAUUACUAAAGGCUAUGCAAUGCUUUAAUUUAGGGUGGUAUCUGCAGGAUCCCCUCCUGCAGAACACAGCAGUUGGUUGCGUAAGUCGUGGACAAGGUGAUCUUUUAACAAUCUGACAGUGCACUGGCAUUAAAAAUCAAAGCAGUUUUUCCUUCCGUAAUAUUGAAAUGUGCACAUGCAUCCAUGCCUCUUGCAAACCGAGGCAGGUAUUAAAUAAUACUCAUUAGUAGAUGGAGUGACAAUCUUGUUUCCUCAAGACUGAAGGAGGGAAAAUUCCAGAGGGCACUUCUACUUUGAUUUGAGCACUAUUUCUGGAACUGUCACAGAGAUGAAUUAUACCUGACUGCAGUGAGUUACAGAAAUUAUAUAUACGUAUAUUAUAUCUUGGUUAUGCAUGUUAUAACUUUGUUUUAUAUUAUUCUAAAUCGCCAUAAAACUACUCAACAGUAAAGUAUUUCUUGGUCCCAGUAAGACUACAUUCAUUUUUAAAAUAAAGAUACUUUGUUGAAAACAGA